CCGGCGCGUUUUGUUUCGAUAUGCAAUGGACAAAUAACACAAACCUACAGCUAGAUGAUUUGUCCCUUUUGUAUGAAAAUUUCGAGUCCGGAUUGUUCUACCCUUUCAAUGAGGUUAGCCUUCCCCAUAUCAAGCGAUUAACUAAACGGUUGCAUUUGUGCGAUAAGUAUGAAGGCUAUGUACUUCCCGAAUUGGCCGUACCAAUCGACAAGUAUCAAACAUACGGUUCCUACUCAUUCAAAGCAUUGCCACUGGAGAAUUUGCGACAAUUGUGCGUGUCAUCCAUUCGUCAAGUGCAUGGGGAUAUCGAAGUGCUGGCGACCAGACUUAAGAGCCUUGAACGAUUGUCAAUCAGCGAAACAACUCCUGAACAAAUGUUGGCGUUCAUCGGUCGUUCAUCAAAGUUGAACAGAAUCGCAGUGCAAAAGUUCAACAGCAACGAUGUCGAUCUAGUGAAAUGGAACAGAGAACGCGCACAGUUGGCGCGAGCAUGCAAGAUGACGAUUUUCAUCGACGAAAAUGUAUUUCUGGCCGUGAAGUGGUCAACGCAAAAAACGAGCUACAGCUUGGUGGAAUUGAAAAGAUUCGAAUCGUGUGAAUCGGAUCCAGACUUCAGAUCGUACCACCAAAAUUUCCGUCGCUAAUUUCCACAUACAAUUUCGGCAUGAAGUACGACACUGUAGCUGUAGUUUAUAUAAAGACUAUGCUCAUAAACAUAGAUUAAUCUAAAAGAAGAUACAAAUCAAAAGUUGAAUGAUAAUUAUCAUUACUUAUAAGUGAUUCCAUUCGAUUAUCUCUCUCAAAGUUAAGAAAAACUGAAAUAUAAUAUUCAAUUUUUAAAUUUCAUAAAAAAUAUAUAAAUAAAAUUAGCAAAACCAUCAUUCUAUUGGACUAAAAUAAAAGCUGAAUCCGAAUCGUAGCUAAAAAUACAUCGUUGGUUUUCCUUUGAUUAUUGAUUUUUUCAACUUAUUUAUGCAAUCUUUUACAACACUACUUUUCCAGUGCUCUGUGAUAUGAGUUUUAUGAAUGAUCUCCGUUUGCGCAGCUGAUAACAUCCUUUGAAAAUGUUGGUCAAUUGUAAGUAAGCAUAGUCUUAGGACAGAUGUACAUCUAGAGAGUUUGAUUAGCUGAUUGGGACAAUUUAAUGCCAUUUCGAUUACUUCAUUGAUGGUAUUGAUCGAGAUAAUCAUCCAUAUCAACCAUAAUUGUCGUUGCGUCAUCCGAUCCAUGUUUCAUCGCAAAUCUCACAAAGUUAGCCAAUGUUUGAAAGAUUUCAUAGAUGAUCGACACAUCAUUACCUUUGUAUACGGUUUGUCACCGUAAAGGUGUCAACGGACAAGCACCCUGUCCGUCCGUCCGGACGGGCUAAAAAGACGGACAGUCCGUCCGUUUGACACUUUUAUGUCACCGAAUGACGCUCGCAGAUUUUAGCACAUUCUUCAAAUUUAUCCAAUUCUGUUCCAUUUCCAUAUGAGCAAUAUUUGGUGCCAUGCCAAAAACGGAUACUUUAUAAAAAAAAAAUUCAAUAUUGAAAAAAGAAUUCAAAACAUGCGCCAUUCAUGUUCAUUACUGGCAGAAAUCUCCUUCAACAGCGCCAAACAUAGCAAAUCAGACAUGUCAAAGUCUGUAACUUCAACAACAACAACAAUGUUGGUUGCGUUUGCAUUGAGCGGGAAUGUUUAUGUGAAGCUUGUAUUGCGUUGACGUUUCGACUGCCUUGGCACACCUUUGAACGUCCAAACACACAGUAGCAUUCAAGUGUCUUACUAGAGCUGCGUAACCACAUUUAUUUAUCAGUGAAUAUUUAAUCCAAAUGAAACCGUAAAAUAAAUCCAAAUCCAUUUUAUUAUAUAGAUGGUGUUGUUACAUAAAGAAAAGAUAUAAAACAUUCAUUGACAGCUAAACUAUAACCGUGCUUCGAUUGUUCUGUUCGGAGUGUGAAAAUCAUUGUGUACGCACAAGCACAUAGCACGAUGAGUGUUGUCACCAACAGUGAUGGAAUUGCCAGUCGGCGAUUGACUCGGCCAACAUCGAAUGAGGCUCAAAUGAAUUUAUACGAUUGCAUCGCCUGCCGUCUUCUAAACAUCGACGAAAAAGAUAUGAAAAAACACCAUCAAAAGCGACACGCCGACAUACCAAUCGACCAAAAUAUCUUCAAACUCGUUGAAUUCCAUACAAUUCAACUAAAGUUUUUCGAUUGUGUCAUAUGCAAUGCCAGGGAUAUAAUAGAAAAUGACACCAAGAACCAUCAUUUGAAGCAACACAAGGACAUCCCAAUUGAACGAAACAUUUUCAAACUUUCCACAGUAAGAGAGAAAUCCGUACGUAAAGUUGCCAGCUUUGAGCAACGUUUGACGUCUGCGACCAACGAAAGCCUGAACAUUGCAGUAAAUCGCAUACUAGCGACAACAUCACGCCACAGCGCCGGACCAAUUGCGGAUAGCAAAGCCGUUCAGCAAACAUUGGACCACUUACAUCCAGUAGACAAUGAAAUGUCCAACGACCCGUCACUGAAUUCUGGUGAAUCCAUUGGCAAAUGUGAAGCAAACUCCGGACAAAAAAGUGCCACCAUUGAGAUUGAAAUAUUCAAGUGUACGGUGUGUGGUCUAAGUGGUUUAUGGAAGAGUCAUCUGUGGAAACAUCAGAAGAAGCGACACAGAGGUAUUUCGCUCAAUCAAAAUAUCUUCGAGUUCAUUUACGUCAAAGAAAGGAGAGUGCGCAGUGACGCGAAAGAACCCAAGCAACCGAUGACUGCACGUUAUAUUGAUGCAUUGAAUAUGAAUCGCGACGAUCCGAAGUAUGGCAGUACCAGUCAGGAUUUAUCACCACAGAGUGUGUUGGAGCCAACAUCAAGUCAAUGCGUGGCUUUCGUACUGCCGAGUUUGCAUCGCAGAGCUGUUCAACAAAACAUGGGCCAAUAUCACCCAGCAGCCGACGAAACACCAAAUAGCCUGUCACGGAAUAAAGAAGUGUCCAAUGCUAAUUUUGAUGCAGAAGUAUCAAACAAAGAAGUCAAUGACAACAUCGAAGUUGAGCUAUUCAAGUGUACGGUGUGUGGAACAGGUGGUUUAUGGAAAAGUCACUUGUCGAAACAUCACCAGAGACAGCACAAAAAAAUCCCGCGCGAUCAAGACAUUUUCGAGCUCACUCAUGUCAAACAAAGAAAGAAACCGGUACCACAGUCGGUGAAAAAACUUGCUGCAUUGAAAAUGAAACAUGAUGAUUUGAAGAAUCAAAGUGAUCUACUGGCACCUAGUAUCCCAGAAGGUCCACGAAAAUAUGGAAAUGCAGAAUACAUUCAAGUUCGUCGCUACACAUGUGUUGCCUGCGAUUUAAAAGUGGCCGAAUGCCAUUUGAAGGCGCAUCACAAGAAGGUACAUCCCACAGAGCCAUACACGGACUUGUACGCGCUGUGCGAUUCCGAAGACAAAAUUCACUGUUUAACUUGUGACAAGAUGAUACUACAAGAAUUUUUCGAGAGUCACAUGCACUUGCGGCACAUGCCAAAAACACCAGUCAUGGGCGUUGAAGUUAAAAUCUUUACUUGCAAACUAUGCCACCGGAAAGAUAUUCAAGAAGAAGACUUGAGUGUUCAUCAUUCCAGUAUGCAUCAGAAUGUUCCUUUUGAUACCAAGAAUUUUCGAGAAUUCAAACGGGGUCAGUGCAUCAUUUGCGAGCAACUGUUCAAAAAGAAGAAACUUCGAAACCACGUGAAAAUACACUCGGAAAUAGCGAUUGUCGUCAAUGCGCCAAUAAGUGACAACCAAAGUGACUCGUCGAAAGAGCACAACAGCGACAGGUGUGAAUGGAUUGUGUUGAAACCAUUCAAUUGCAAAAUCUGCGGUGUUAAAAGCUUUAAGACGUGUUCGGAAAGUCUUUGCACAAAUUCGGACGUACGUAAUUUAAAUAACAAACACGCAAUUUGUAAAAUUCUGUUUAUGGUCGUUUUCUUUAUUCAUUAAACUGUCGACAAUGACAUUUACAUUGCACUUAAUGGGCCGUUGUCUUCGAUUUUUCGCAGUAUGUCUCGAACCUUCAUCAUCAUGCUCUGGACGACACAUAUGUCAAUUUCUUUCAACUUUCGUUUGAUUCUUCCCGUCAACUGUUGCUCCGUUUUGGCUUCCCAGUCAUUCUCGUACACAUUGCGCUUGAGAACGGACCAAAAAUGUUUGAUUGGACUGUGGAGCGUUUGGUGGAUUGUCCCUUUUCGGUCCAAAUGGGAUUUUUUGUUGAGUGAGCCAAUUCAACGUUUUUUUCGAGUAAUGACUGCAUGCAACACGCUCGGGCGUGUUUGUUUUCAAUAAACAACUUCAAUUUGGGCAAGCAUUUGCUGAUAUAAAUGUCAAAAUUGAUGGCGUGGGCUUUAUUUGGCCGAAUAACUGGCACUGAUACACCUUUCGAUGAGAUGGCACACCACACCAACACCUCAGGCCCAAUUUAAUCAGCCAGCAUAUUUAACACUAUCUGGUGUCGCUCUAAUGUUAUCAGUGUAAUAGCCAUCAUUUCCACUUAAUUCAUGGUGCGAAAAAGUGAAGUAUGAUUCAUCAUCCAAAAUGACGUACUUUCCAAUUGCAAAGUGUUUGCGCAAAUCCAGUUUAUACGCCAUCACGAAUGAAUUUUUCUGAAUUGUUUGUGUUGACAGUUCAUUUGGAGCGCCGUUAAGUCUGCUGUGUGCAUUGGAUGAUUUACGUAUUUGUUUAUGCAUCGUAAUAAACGCCUAAAUGUAGUGCAAAGACUUUCCGAACACGUCUUAGAGCAUACAACAGCAAUGAUUUCAAUCCACCGAUUGAGACAUGUGCACCGGAUCUUUGUGAAACUUGCCGAAAGAAGCAGCCAUUGGAAAAGGAGGAGUUGCACGAACAAGCGUCAGAAAAGAUUGAACAUGAUUUUGCUUUGGCACACAAGGAACCUAUCAAAUACUACCGAUGCAAAGACUGCCAUUCCAGUGAAAUCGCCGAAGAUCAGUUCAGCGAACACCAUUCCGAAAAACAAGAUUCGGCUCAUUCAAUGUCCCAAGAUAAUUUUAAAUUUAUUGGAACCAAGGUGUAUGGGCAAUGUUCUGUCUGUAGUCAACGUGUCAAUGAAGAUCAAUUCAUUGAACAUUUGAAACAAGUCCAUCUUCCAGCAUUGAUGUCAAUGAAAACUAUUCCGUUGAACACCGGCCGAUAUAUAAGCUUAAGAACCACUUGUAUCGAUGGGCAGAACUCAUCAGACUGCGAUGAUCCGGAGAACAAAAGCGAUAUUCAGCAAGAGAGUGAUGAAAUCGAGGCCAAUGCGGAUAAGCCAAAGGUAAACGACCUAUAUUCCAAGUUAAAUCAAAUACUUUUAUGAGUUGCUUGCCAAUCCUGAGAUUUGUUGUUGUGGUUGUUGUUGUUUCUUUCUACACAGCAGACCUGUACGAAUGAUGUGAUGCAGGCUAUCCCGGAAAAGCUUAAGGCGAUGGCGCAAAAGGUAAAAGUUCAAAGGACUUUGGAAUAGUGCACAUUUUUCAAAUAGCCCAACAAUUAACUAAAAUUGAUUGCUCAUUUUGUUGAUUCACUCAAAAAAUAUUCGUCUUUUAAAUCUAGGUCCAGAGUAUUGAGAAAUAAGUUCCCGUUCGACUUUGGCGGAAGAUGAAUUUGCAAUGAGCGACACGAUAAACAACCGAAAGCUUGUCUGCAGUAUACCAACAUUAAAUUAAAAAUGUACCAAAAACAAAUCUAUUACAAUUUACAAACAUUGGUUUGGCGUAUAUGAGGCAAAAAAUACAAUCCAAAUUUAAGACUAUGAACAAUAACUUGAAACUAUAGUUGGAAAAACGAAAGAAAUGAGUUAAAAUUGAACGUCACACUGGAAAAAUUGCUCUAAUUUUUUUUUUGCAAAAAAUGUAGUCCAAAAAGUUUUCGUUACAAUUUUUUCGAAUGUUCACCAAGAAGUAAAUCUUCAAUUUCAUGAAAUAUUUCUCUUAUGGAAAUGAAAUCCGCAAAGGCUCAAGUUUAAUCACACAAUAUCAAAAAUAAAAUCAAUUCACGCCAAUUCGACA